GGCUUGGAGUGGACACGCUGAUCACGCCCCGCACUCGUUUGUUGGCUAACGAGUUUCUUCAAUUUAAACCAAAGAUACCUUUGUCCUCAAAGAUACCCUUAUAAUUGUCUCCCGGAUCUUCUCCGCCAUUACAAAUAUCGCUGGCUCACUCCUGCUUCCUCAAUUUCUCUUUAUCUUCCUGCCUUCGCCAUACCUGCUUCUGUCUUUCAUAUCGCGUUUGUACUGGUACAAACAUAAUAUCCAACUCUAGAGCGACAAUCCGUACAUGGCCGCCGCAUCAGCCUCUCCUUCGGCUCAAGAUGACCUCAGUUCCACCAGUCAAGGCGCUGCAUCCCCGCAGAUUUCGUUUGGUGAUUCAUCGGACAUACCCCCUGCACCUGAAGUACAGGUGAACGGAAGGCCAGCUCCUUCUAGCUCCGCUUCGCCUUCCAAGUCUUCUUCUCCCAAUUCCAGUCAAGGUGAAGAUGGAUGGGGUUCCCAUUUCUGGGUCACGCUCGUCGAUCCGCAGUCUGGCGUUUCAUUCUAUGCCUGCCCUGCGACCGGCGAAGUUAGUUGGGACCCUCCAGUCGGCAACUUUCUGCUUCCCCCUAGUCCGGAAGGAGAAUGGUGGGAGAUGAUUGACGAGUCGAGUGGCUUGCCUUAUUACUACCACACCAAGACUGGUGAAACUGUUUGGGAACGUCCAGAGGCAUUCAUUAUACCUCUGAACGUACUGCAAAAUACCGCCUUGGCACGCAGGCUCUCCCUCACAAACCGCAAAUCUCAGGUCAUGGACAUAGAUGCCAAUGGAAAACCUUCAUAUAGACGAUCACGCUCAUUUACCAACACCCGAGACGCAGACCCGCAGCGUCAAAACGGAUCCACGCCUCAACGGCGGUCUCAAUCGUCCACUCGGAGCUCCCCCGGCAGAGCCUCACAACUAUCCCCUUCAAACUCCUCACCACCGAGCACUAUGCGAAAGCAAAUGCGCAAAUCAAGUUCGAGUGAGAAGUCUGGCCAACACAAUCUCAGUGGCUCUACUUCCUCGCAUGCAAGCCCGCUUGCGUACCAGAGAGGGCACCCUUUAUCCCCAAUACCAGGAUCGCCAUACGCUACUGAUACAAGUCCUCCCCCUUCGCCCUCCACAGAGCAGAAGAAGAGACUGAAUGGUGGUACUCCCCGACCACCAUCUUCCGAGAAGGAUAAAGACAGCGAGCACAGUAGAGCUGGCACCCCCAAACGUAAUGGUAAUACACGGUCUUCUUCUGACUCACCAAUCCUCCCUCGUUCGCGUUCGAGCAAAUCAGCCACAUUCGUUCCUUACCGAAGUCCACAACCUCAGUCUCUCGUUGCAGCGCUGGAGAUGAUUGCGGCUUCCAGUUCACAAGAAGACGGUGACUAUAAACGUUCUGAAUAUCCUCCACGAUCGCUGGGCAAACUACGCAUCAGUACGGAUCCCUUCCUUGCCACAGGGAGGAUGAGAGACGAGCAGCAUAGCACCCCCGUCACCCCAACGGGUACAAAGGGGAAGGGAAAGACGAAGGGUGGCGUACCACCUUCACCAGGAAGACUUACGCCUUCUUCGCUAAAUGGAUCCGGUCGCAUAGAACGAAGUGCGUCUGAUCCACCUUUACCCGUAUCGUUCAAUGGCAAGGAAAUCAGUGCACCAAUACCUAACACUGAGGCAACUGCGAAUUUGAGUCCUGUCAAGAACCGAAAUGCAGGAAGGCCUAUUCCUGUGAUGCCCAUGCCCUCGGAUAUCUAUAAGAAUGCCGCACCACGACGCGUCUCGUUGAGUACCGGAGCAUACCCCGUAUUACCUGAAGAUCUCGCAUCAGAUAUUCUGCAAUUCUCGGAAAGCCAAUUCGCGAAGCAAUAUUUUUCCACUCAUCGCACUGGCUUCAUCUUCCGACGACGUGUGCCAGUCUCGCAAAUGAUGACUUGGCAGAAGGGGCCACUUAGUUCUCCGUUACUGCAGGUGAACAAGGACCUGAACAAGGAAGCCACCAAGACUUUCCGCGCGAUUCAACGAAUCAUGGGUGACCGGGAGCGUGAUCGUAUACCACAGAGCGGCUCGACCACUUCACUUCUCAGCGGUACUAUUCCAGCCUCGAUAUUAGAAGAGGAACGGUGGCUGCUCAAUCAGGGUCUAGCCCACGGUGAAUUGAGGGAUGAAAUCUACUGUCAAGUGAUGAAACAGUUAAACGGCAAUCCGACGACCGAGAGCGUGUUCAGGGGAUGGCAGCUUCUUUGUGUUCUCUUGGUCACCUUUCCGCCGUCAAAGAACUUUGAAGGGUCACUUCAGAGUUACCUCCAACAAGGUACUUCACAGCCAGAAGGGAGAGUAGAUGUCAUGGCGAAGUAUUGUCUCCGACGUCUUGCAAAUAUUUCGCGGAAGGGCCCACGAGGCAAAGCACCUACACUGCCAGAGAUAGAGACUGCAUCGGACGCUGCUUUCAACCCCUCCAUCUUCGGCGAAACGCUAGACGUUAUCUUUAGGUUACAAGAGCGCACUUAUCAUCACCUUAAAGUUCCUAUCAUCCUUCCUUUCCUCGCUGACGGCAUCCUUGCACUGGGAGGCACGAAAUCGGAAGGUAUCUUUCGAGUUCCAGGAGACGGAGACGCUGUCUCCGACCUUAAACUGCGCAUAGAUAAGGGUUAUUACACGCUUGAGGGCUGUGAUGAUCCAACUGUACUGGCCUCACUGCUCAAAUUGUGGCUCCGUGAACUGUGCGAUCCGCUCGUUCCGGAGGAGCUUUACAACGACUGUAUCACGAACUCCAGGGAUCCGGACGCUUGUAUACAGAUCGUCCAUCGACUGCCUACGAUCAACAGACGGGUGGUUCUCUUUGUCAUUAGCUUCUUGCAACUCUUCCUGGAUGAGAAGAUUCAGGCGGUCACGAAAAUGACUUCAGCUAAUCUUGCCUUGGUCAUGGCGCCGAACCUCUUACGCUGCAACUCGGACUCCAUGGCCGUUGUAUUCACCAACGCUCAGUCAGUAUUGAUCCUUUCUUGUAUGUGUAAUGACACUGACUGUGUUCUUUAGGUAUGAGCAGACAUUCGUUCACAAUCUACUUCUUCAUCUCAAAUGCGACAAAGUCGAUCCAGACUAUGUUCCUUCUCAUGGGCAUGGUGCAAUCCCUCCCGAACCUAGCCAGCAGAUCCGUAAAUCAAAAUCUCGGCGUCGCUAAACUCACUAACCAUACCCCAACAUAAUUGCUUUGGAUUACGAUACUAAUCGACAUCGUCUCGGACAUUAUUUGUUAUUUUGAUCUCCUAGUCAUUCAUUGUUUCAUUACUCGUUGUAGCAGUCACUUUCGUUCAUUCUUGUUGUCAGGUUUCUUUGGUAAAGGUCAAAAUUCUCAUACCCAUGUACCGUAUAUAAAGCUCACUCCAAUUGCUGGAAGGAUCCCUCCAAGACUAACCAUAAUAGAUGGCAUUAAAUCGUAUGUACGCUAAGUCUAGAAUGGCAACUGGUGAACGUCCUUUACCUGGCACCGACAUCUUCCC